AGCGCAUCCAAGUGAGACUGUCUUCAUUCGGAUAGCAUCUCUAAUUGACGAAAAUAAAUCACUUUACUUUCUUCUUGGUAUUUGGAAAUUGUCAAAAGAAAAUACUUUGUGAACAUAAAGCUCUAGAUUGAGAAGUUUUCUUUUCUUGUGGAAAUAUUUAUCUAAGACAGAGAUAAACGGACGAUGUCUUUAGGAAUUUUAACGUCGAAACUUCAGACAGUCAAGAGUCUCAAAGACAGUGAAUAUCUUCAAACUUUGAGAAACCAUGAUUACGUCCAGCGAAUUCAAGAACUCGUGAAGUCCUUCUCAGAUACUGCUGGUCAUCCUGACUACAGUCAUGUGACGACAAGGAAAACCCGUGCUCAGAUGAUUCGGCUUAGUGCAGCAGUAUGUGGUAUAGAAUUAUGUUAUGCGGCAGAAACAGCAUUCGUUAGUCCAAUUCUCCUUAAACUAGGAGUUCCUGUCGCAUUCAUGACUUUAGUAUGGUGCGUUAGUCCGUUUCUUGGAUUCUUCCUGGUGCCAGUUAUGGGAUCACUAAGCGAUAGAUGUCCUCUAAAGCUAGGCAGAAGACGCCCUUUCAUUCUAUUGUUUUCUCUUGGAAUCAUGGUGGGACUCGUACUUGUGCCAAAUGGUGAAGAUCUAGGAUUACUCGCAGGUGACACUGGAACUGAUAUUGCAGAUGCUGACUAUGUUAAUGAUACAACUACAAUUCUCAGAAGGAUAAAUGCCACGAAUAAUUUAGUCCUAUUUCAGAAUGGUACAAAAGCUAUUUUGCGUUCUGAUUUUAGCCCUGAAUGGCCUUCAACCAAGAAACUUCCACACAAGCAUGUCAUAGGUAUAUUACUUACAGUUCUAGGCGUGGCAAUGUUGGAUUUUAAUUGUGAUGCUUGCCAAUCACCAUGUAGAACAUAUUUACUCGAUAUAAGUGUUCCAGAAGAUCAUUCCCGUGGUCUGACAUCAUUUACAGUAAUGGCAGGACUAGGUGGAAGCUUUGGGUAUUUGAUGGGCGGUAUUGACUGGGAAUCUACCAGUUUUGGCACCGCCCUGGGUGGACAUGUAAGGGUGGUAUUUACCGGUGUCCUGAUUCUUUUUGUGGUGUUUGUUUUUCUAACUAUGACGAGUUUCAAGGAAAUACCACUGAAAGAUUUAGGAGUUACUAAAGAGCAGUUACAGAGAAAGGUAAAGACAGUGAAAAAAGCGAAGUACAAAAAGUUUGUAAACGAGAGUUCUGAUGAUGAGACUGAAUGCAGUGAAAGUGAACAUGUAAAAGAAAGAAAUGUAUCUUAUGGUACACUUGAUAACAAGGAAACAACUGAAAAUAUUACCAAUAAUGGCGUAGAACCAAACAAACGGUGGACAGAGCAUAAACAUUCCAUCACUGAAAAUGAGGUUUCCGUCCAGCUAGAGAAUAACCGUCCUGAAACAUAUAAUAGAUAUCCGCUUACCAAAUCUUUAUCCGAAUACAAGGAUUUAUCCGACGAAGCGUCUCUUAAAACUUACUUGCGAUCCAUAGUAAGGAUGCCAAGAUCACUGCUGAUUUUAUGUCUGACCAAUUUAUUCUGCUGGAUGUCCCUAGUGUGUUAUUCUCUAUAUUUCACGGACUUUGUAGGUCAGUCAGUCUACGGUGGAGAUCCGCAAGCACCUGCCGGAAGUAGCAAGCACUUGUUAUAUGAUGAAGGAGUACGACUUGGGUCAUUAGGAAUGUCUCUCUACUCAUUUUCAUGCGCACUGUACUCUAUGGCGAUUGAGCAUCUCGUUGAGAGAUUCUCGGCGAAGCCUGUCUAUGUGUGGGGCCAGUUGGUUUACACUGCUGGAAUGGUUAUUCUGGCAAUAUGUCGUCAUCCAGUGGCUGUUAUACUUCUAUCACCAUGUGCUGGAAUCAUGUAUGCCACAUUAUUCACAAUGCCCUAUCUGCUGGUCGCCCACUAUCAUUCUAACGGGAAGUUCAGCCAAGAUGACGACAAAGGAAGUGCUAACAUACGGGGACUUGGUACAGAUGUCGCACUUGUCAGCAGUAUGGUAUUUUUAGCACAGUUCAUACUUUCAUUGUGUAUGGGAAGUCUCGUGCAUUUUACUGGAAGUACUGUAACCAUAGUGAUAGCUGCUUCCGUUUUAAGUUUCUGCGGAUCUGUUUGUGCAACCCAAGUUACCUAUCUAGAUUUAUAGGACUUAUCAACAUACGUUUUCUCACGAAAGCAUUCUGGCAAAAAUUCAACGUUUUGCUAAUUUGAGAAUACAGUAAGACAUAAUGGAUGUUUGUGAAUAAAA